AUGGUUCUUCACAACCCCAACAAUUGGCACUGGGUCAACAAGGAUGUCUCAGGCUGGGCGAGAGAAUACCUCGAGACGACCCUGAAGGGAACUUCUGCGGAGGAAAACUCUGUCACUGCUGAGAUCACCAAGCUGAUCAGUAUGGAUGGCGACGUCGAUGUGAGCCAGCGCAAGGGCAAGGUCAUUACGCUGUUUGAUGUGAAGCUUCAAUUGGAGUAUUCUGGCAAGACCAAAGACGAGGAGGAUGUCAGCGGCACCAUUAAGAUCCCCGAGGUGGCUCAUGACACCGAGGAGGAUGAAUAUGUUUUUGACAUCGACAUCUACUCUGAAUCCGGCUCCAAGCAACCCGUUAAGGAUCUUGUACGAUCAAAGAUUGUUCCCCAGCUUCGCCAAAAGCUUUCUCAAUUCGGCCCCGCUAUUAUCAGUGAACAUGCGAGGGACCUCCAGCACGCUCCUGGCGUCGACCCCUCUGCCAGCUUCCGCAGCACCAAAUACGUCUCUUCCUCGAGUGUGAACAAGUCUUCGGGCGACAAGCCUGCUGCUGCGAGCACUGCUACUUCGGCUGCUGCCGGAAAGCUCGUCAAUGUCACCAAAGUGACCGAUACCGAGGAGUUCCGCACCACCGCUGAGCAGUUGUACCUGACCUUCACCGACCCUCAACGCAUUGCUGCCUUCACUCGCGCCCCUCCCAAGGUGUUUGAGGGUGCCAAAAAGGGCGGCAAGUUUGAGCUGUUUGGUGGCAACGUUGUUGGCGAAUAUACCGAUCUCAACGAGCCCACCAAGAUUGUCCAGAAAUGGCGUCUUCAGCAAUGGCCCGCUGGCCACUACUCGACGCUGGAGAUCAACUUUGAUCAAAACGAUGUCGACGCCGUCACGCUCAUGCGUGUCAACUGGGACGGUGUGCCUGUUGGUCAAGAGGACGUGACCAAGCAGAACUGGGGCGAGUACUACGUGAGGAGCAUCAAGACCACCUUCGGCUUCGGCACUGUGCUAUGA